AUGUAUUCUGUCGCAAGAUAUCCUACCGUUGUGCCACCGUUCAAAGGCGUUGCCGUCUUCGGUCCAAGAUCGACGCUAUCCAGGAAACGACGGCCAAGCUCGAACAAUGAUUCCGAACGGACGUACAGCGGUUGGGGCGGGGAGAGGGUGCUCUGCGGACGUGAGGGUUGUCGCACCAACGAACGCGGUGAUUGCAUGGACGAAUGCGCUGCCGCCCUGGUCCUUAUGUCGCUCUCGUGCUCACCUCACAGUCCUCACAACCCCCCGCCACUUCACUGCCAAUACAAUUACGGUUCCUGGGGGAGUCGUGGAGGCGGAGGUGGCGGCAUGAUCGCCGGCUCACCAGGAGUCGGCGGUAUGUCAAAUAGCAGUAGCAGCAGCGGGGCUUCCUGGCGAAGCGGCACCCCGAGUCCACCCCUCAGCGAGGAGGGCGUACCGACGAGGAGUUCCCCGUGCCCGGCGACCUCGCAUCCCUCGCACAAUCAGCCGCAUUAUCCCUACAACGCGUCCGGCUCGUCGUCGAGCAGCACCCCGGGCUCGACCACGCUGGACGAGGGGAUAGUGCCCGACUAUAUCGAGGAGCAGCACCCACGUAAGAAGAUUCGAGCGAAAGUCAGCCAGGACCCGAUCGAGACGGAGCCAGGCGCUUGCGCGACUUUCGAAAGCGAACAGGCGAAUGCGGCAGUGGUCUUCAAAUGCACUUGGCCGGGUUGCAUGGAAAUCAAAGUUACCGUCGCGCUUAUCGAGGAACAUGUACGCCAGUCACAUCUGGGUCCAAAGAAGUCCAAGGGAUGCGACAGCGAGGACGAUAUGUCCGUUCACGAGGAGGAGUUCUAUUAUCAGGAAGUUGCUAUGGAUCACAUGAGCUCACCCCCCACGAUGUCUCACCGGGACAUGGCAAGACCGCCGCACGAGGAUCCGGAGUAUCAGAAGCAGCUUCGUCUUGAGGCGACUCCUGCCGCGAGUAACUACAUCGAGAACGUAAUGGUCGGUGUGAGGGAACCGAGCAACGCGUUUACGAUCUCGCAAUCGCCGGGUACGCCCAAUAAACACAUCAAACUGUCCCCACGGCCAUUGCAGGCGUGUCAUCAACAGAACAUGACAGCGUCCACGGGCAAGCCGUCCUCCCCGCGGCGAACUCGCAGCGAUGUUAAGAAAUGUCGCAAGAUCUACGGUAUGGAUUCACGCGACCUCUGGUGCACUCAGUGCAGGUGGAAGAAAGCCUGCACCCGUUUCUGCAGCGAAUAGGCCAAGCGUCCGCCCCGUUCGUACGUCCGUGGGCGGAAACCCUUGUCAAGUCGACCCCAGAGUUUGCCAAUGCUACGUUGAACGUUAACACCAACUGCCAAAUGCCAAUCAUCGUCGAAGAUACGGCGUCGAGAAAAAAAAAAAACAUAAGCUCCCGCA